AUGGAGCAGAAUCUGAAAGCAACACACUGGAAUGUUACAACAAGGUGUCAGUAUCUGGGAACAAUAGGCUGGGCUUUUACACCAACAGAUAGGAGUAUUUCCGAGGGUCUUUUCUGGCUUUCUCUGAAUGGGCUAACAUUGGCAUCGCGGAUAAAAUAUGUAUUCUGGGUUAUUCAAGGUGGAUACUAUCCAAUCCUCGCUAUUGUUGGUGUUCCUGUUAACGUCGUAACGAUCUUUGUCCUAAUAAAUAAAGAUUGUGGAUUGUCCGCAUGCAUCAGUCGUUACCUGGCAGCCAUGGCAGUGGCGGAUCUACUGGUUGUUAUCCUCGAUGUGAUAUUGAGACACAUUCCGAUUGUUUAUCAGGAACAAUUUUAUUUCCGGAAGUCCAUCCCCAUAUGUAAUAUCCAUGCUGCUCUGCUUUAUACAGCUACUGACUGCUCUGUCUGGUUCACCGUCACUUUCACAUUUGAUCGAUUCGUGGCAAUUUGUUCCCAGAAGCUGAAAGUAAAAUAUUGCAGUGAGAAAACAGCGACUUUGGUUGUAGGAACAGUGACUGUGCUGAGCAGUGUAAAGAACGUUUUUUGGUAUUUUAUGCUCGCGGGUCGAUAUAUGCUGCGGAACAAUCCUUGGUUUUGUUCUGUAAAAAUAUACACUUUUAACUCUCCUGUCUGGGUCACAAUCGAGUUCCUCCAUCAUAUUCUGAACCCAGCUCUUCCAUUUCUCCUGAUUCUGCUGCUUAAUGUUUUUACCAUCAGAUAUAUUUUAGUGAGCAGCAGAGCCCGCAAAAGACUCCGGUCUCACACUAAUGGGAACAUUCAAUGUGAUGCUGAAAUGCAAAACUGAAAAAAAUCAAUCAUUCUACUUUUUGUGAUCUCGGCCAAUUUUAUCCUCUUAUGGUCAACGUUAAUGGUAUAUUCUAUAUGGAUCCGGAUGUGGUAUUUUGGGUACAGAUCUAUGUACCUAGAACCGUUUGUGGCAGAGUUGGGCUUCAUGCUGCAGCUCCUCAGUUGCUGCACAAAUACCUCGAUUUAUGCCGUUACCCAGACAAAGUUCAGACAACAGCUGAAGCAUGUGCUGAAAUAUCCCUUUCUGCAAAUUGAUAAAACAGUCAAAUUCAUUAUUUAGCCCAAUCAAGAUUUACUCAUUUCCGUUCGUUUUCACAGCAAUGAAGAAACCUGCUGCUAUGGUGACAGACCGAGGAUAAUGCUGGCUGGUGAAAUCUUAUCUCACAGGAGCCAAAGAGAAAAGCCACCAUUUUA